GUAACGGAGUAGGCUGUCGCUGUACAGGCGAAAGUGCCGUAAGAGAUUGCCGAUGUCCUCGAACAUUUGAUUGUAUCAGGGGAAAUUGACAGCAUGGAAGCAACAACCCUCAACGGCUCGAGCAUUUCUGUGCCUGGGCCAUCCUCAGACGGCCAGAUACCUGUGCGUCAAAAUCAAGUCCCUAUAACGAUUGGCACCUCUACGGAGUAUCAGCACCGCCUAUCAGAUAUCUCUGCACGUGCUACGACUCAAGACCGAUUAAACACCCUCUUUCAGUGGGAGAAGACCGGGCCAUCCGUACCCUUUACAGUCGAUCAGCAGUACGAGGCUUGCAUGAUACGUAUCAGAAGCAAGAUCGCCGGAGGAGCAUUCAUUGUCGAGGCUGCAGGCUUCGCAGCCGUCGCGUGCUGGCAGCCGCCCGGGAGCGUCCCGCCCGACCGCACUGAAGAGCAGCUUGAGGAAUUGUCUCAAAGGACACCGAUCUACGCGAAGUUCUUGAAAGAAUAUGAGGAGACCAGGCGGGGGCUCUUCGGAGAGUCGCAGCAGUUUUGGUUUUUGACUCUGAUGGCGAGGGACCCCGAGCGGCUCGACAAAGGGGCAGUCAGGGCCGUCCUCGAACCAUUUGUCGCCGAAGCGCGGAGCAAAGGGCAGCCGCUCUGGCUGGUAGCAGGCAAUCAGAGGGCGAGGGAUGUUUACAGCUACUUUGGGUUUCGGGUUGUCAAGGUGCUCAUGAGCUAUCCGACUGAUAGAAUGAAGGCAGAAGGCGUGUUGAGUGAGAAAGAUAUGGAGGGGGUGCCAACAUGGUGCAUGGCGGCAAAUUGGCCGGUUGCCGAGGUGAAUUGA